GUGUGAGAGAGGGUGUGAGUGAGGGACGGUCUGAGUGAAGGACAGUGUAAGUGAGGGAGGGUGAAUGAGGGAGAGUGUGAGUGUGCAAGAACUGGGGUGGGGUCCACCUGACAGGUUAGCAAACCACGGAGUUUUUAUACGUGCUAUUCGUGAUCUAUCACAGCUAGUGUAGCAUCCUCUCUCUCGACUGCUUUGCUUCAGCGCCGUCAGAAAGUGCUGAUGGAUCACUUAGUAGCCAGGACUGAAGAACUGUGUUGCCUGUGUGUGUGAGUUAGAUCAGUCCCACACCUGUCUAAGCGCAACUUAACCCUCCACGAUACUUGUGAAAUACUGGUUCACUUACUCCCAGGAGAAACUCACAGACGUCGCUCACACUAGACGUCGCUCACACUAGACGUCGCUAACGCCAGACAUCGCUAACGCCAGACAUCGCUAACACCAGACGUUACUGUCAAGAUGACUGAGAUGCAAGAGCUCGACAGCCUGAAAGAAAAAGACGCAGCUGGCGUCGCUGGCAAGAUGUGUGAGAGAGCAGAGCCGAGAGUAGAGCGUGUAAAGAGGCUGGCUCGACAGCUUGGCCUGGUAUCUGUGGUGACAUUCUCAUACUUCUCGCUGGGAGCGGCGCUGCCUUGGCCCUCUCCGGCACUCUCUGACCUGGCCCAGAAUAAUGGCACCCUCUUCGGCACUCAGAUCACCUUAAACUCUGCCGAGAAGGACAUGACAGGUAGCUUACUGUACUUGGGGACGCUGGUGGGAGCGUGGAUCUCUGGGUGGAUGGUGGCUAAGAUAGGGCGUCUCCGCUCCAUGCAGGUGAUCGUGGUACCGUACGUGGGUGGCUGGCUAAUUGUCGCACUCGCCCCUACCACACCUGUUCUACUCAUUGGCAGAUUCAUCAUAGGUGUAGCCUGUGGUGGAACCACCAUCGCUGGCUACAAUUACGUGAUUGAGUUGUCUGACGUGAGCAUCCGGGGCAUGGCAGCUACUCUUCCGACCAUGGGUGUGGUGUUGGGUGGCCUCUAUACUGCUGUACUAGGGUACGCUCUCAGUUGGUACACUCUCAGUUUUCUCUGCGCGGUGCCUUCCUUCUUAUUCUUUCUUACAACAUUCAUCCUUCCACCGUCUCCGUCUUUCCUAAUAGUGAAUGGUCGACGCCAGCAAGCUACCGCUAUCUUGAAACUUUUGAGGGGAACCUACGCUGAUGUCGAAGGUGAGGUUGCAGAGUUGGAACGUCGCAACGCCGUCAACACCGAUGGCAAGAGCGUUGGCUGGCGUGACCUGUUGAAAAAGGAAGUGUUGCGACAAAUAAUUGUAGUUGUAGUUCUCUUCUUCCUCAUGCAGAUGUGUGGAAACUUUGUCUUAAUGGUGUACACAGCGCGGAUCCUUGAAGCAACCGGGGCGCCCAUGGAUCCCGAUGCCAUUACUGCCAUCGCUGGAGCCCUAAGGGUGGCUGGCACACUGGCUGCCAUCCUGCUGCUAGACGUCAUUGGACGGCGAUACCUGCUCGUUAUAACACAUGCAGUCAACGCUGUUUGCCUCAUCGUCCUGGGUGCAUAUGCCCACCUGGCUGAUAAUGCCGAUCCAGACGACACCACUUACACAGACAUGACGUGGUUGCCAACUGUGUGCGUGACGAUGGCGCUCUUCAUCUGCGACAUCGGCGUUCAUCCCAUUCCUUAUAUCGUGGCAUCAGAAUACUUCACCACCAGCAUCCGUUCCCAGGCGUCGUCGGUGUGCAUCUCAGCAGGGACGGCCAUCACCUUCAUCACACUGCAGCUCUACACGCCCAUGCAAGCAGCCUUUACCCAAGCUGGCCUUUAUUGGUUCUAUGGAGCCAUCAGCGUCGCUGGCGUCGUCUUCUGCUUUUUCGCAGUCACUGAGACAAAAGGCAAAAGUGUAGGAUGAGGAAGGCAAAAAUGAAAAGCUAAGACGUAAGUUAACAAUAAAAACAAAAUACACUUGAGUAAUCAAAUCCAAAUAGUAUGAGUAAAUAAGUUACGUGAAAAAGAAUUAUAUGACCACCAAAAUUAAAAAAUCUGUUGAAUAUAACAAUUACAUGAACAUGAAUUGUGCAAGAAACCACAUUCUUUCUCUUCUGUGGCUUCACCUGUUAGGUAUCUUCUAGUCCUUUUCCAAAACUGACUUAUGCUGAGACUAGAAUUGAUAAGAUCAAGCAGCCUGUUCCAUUCAUCUAUUACUGUGCAGUGGUUGUUUGAGGCCUGGCCACCUAUUGUAACUACAAAAUUGCGUUCACUUAGCCUAGUACAAUACUGGCUUUGGCUCCAAGCUUUGACAAAAUUAGCAGCAAGACAUUCUGGAGAGUGACUGUGAGCAACUUUGUAAACAUGAUUUAGUUUUAGCUGCCUUACCCUAUCUUCAGUAUUAAACAUUUCCAAUUGUAAUUCAUCAUCGCUUGCAUGUAAUGUUGAGGUACAUACAGGUAACCCCCAAUAAAAUUUUCCAUAGAU